CGUUUCCCGUCAGAGUGCGGUGACGCCAUCAGCCCGCGCCGGAUGUUUGGGGACUCCGCGAGGACAGCUCGGUGCAGGGGCGCCUGGACAAGCGGGGCAUUAUUUUGAAGACAAUGUCUGGAAGUUUCUACUUUGUAAUAGUUGGUCAUCAUGAUAAUCCAGUAUUUGAAAUGGAAUUUCUACCUUCUGGAAAAGUGGAGUCCAAGGAUGAUCAUCGUCAUCUCAACCAGUUCAUAGCUCAUGCUGCUCUUGACCUAGUAGACGAGAACAUGUGGCUGUCUAACAACAUGUACCUGAAGACAGUGGACAAGUUUAAUGAAUGGUUUGUUUCUGCUUUUGUCACUGCAGGACAUAUGAGAUUUAUUAUGCUUCAUGAUGUAAGACAAGAAGAUGGAAUUAAAAAUUUCUUUAGUGAUGUCUAUGACUUGUAUAUAAAGUUUGCAAUGAAUCCAUUCUACGAACCCAAUUCUCCUGUUCGAUCGAGUGCAUUUGAUAGAAAAGUGCAAUUUCUUGGGAAAAAACAUCUUUUAAGCUGAAUACUUCAAUAGACAUUGUAUCUUCAUGAAUAUCUGAACUGUAAUUAACUUAAAUAACCUGGUAUGUUUUCAGCAUGUUUGACAUCUUUUUGAAGACUUAAGAUAAAUUAGAUGCCCCAUAAUUUUUUUUUCAGUGACAACUAAAAACCAAUUGAGCUCUUGGGGUUAUGAGAAAUACUAUAAAAAUCCUUCCAGUUGCCACGUGUUAAAGUGUUAAACAGUGGUAACAAAUCAGUUGCUGUAUUCCAAAGUUAGAGGCAUCAGUGUAUCAUGGUUGCCUUAUCAAUGCAGAGAUGAAAAGUGGAUCUCUUUUGUUUAUGGAGCCUGUUGGAAAGAAAUCAGAUCUAAAUGAAAAAAAGCUUGUGUGUAUGGGAGGGGUAGUAUAUUUCACAAUUGUAUGACUUAGCACAAAGAAGAGGGAAGUUCUUAAUUGUUAGGUCUAAAGGGAGAAAUACGUUAAUUUAGUAAGAUUAAAGCUUGCUAUGUUUGUCACAGUCCUUAAAUAAGAAACUCUUGCACAGCACAAUACCAGACUAAUUCCCCCCUCUUCCUGUCAUGUGAGCUCACAGAGAUGCAUCCCAGAAUGCUGUGGUUAAAGAAACAUCUGGGGCUAGCAAUUAAGACCUUGCAAUACUAUUUUCCAAUAAGUCAGCAACUCAGCUUUUUUUUUUAAUAAGAUCAAAACUGCUGAACAACGUACUGCAUGGUUGAUGCAAAAAACCUAUACCUGCACAUUGUGAAGGAAUAAAGAAAAUAUAUCAAAAGAUUUACAGACAUUCUUCACUAACUUAAGCUAUUUCUUCUCAAGACAGCACUUAGGUAUAUGAUUAAGUUCUACUGAAGUAAAUAGAAUGAGUGUUGAAGCACCCUCCUGAAUAGGGAACUUGAACUAUUUUUUAAGGUUGUCUAGGGUGCAAGGCAGAGUUUAGACCAUUCUGCACUACAAAAUAGAGUAACUUUUGAAAACAGGUAUCUUUAUACUGUCAUUCCAAAAUAUUGAAUAAUUUAAAAAUGAAUAGCAUAAUAUAGAAAGCAGAUACACAGCUAAAUAAUGCUAAGAUACUUUGGUUCAGUUUACAGUACAUGUCAUGUCCAUUAUUGUGCACAUUAUAUAAACUGAUUUCUCUUAGCAUUAGCUUAUUAAAUAUGUGAAAGAUCUCAUAAGUGACUGAAGACCUGGUUGUUUCAGAAACAUUUUGCAUUGUCCAUUUAAAUUGGUUAAAUUGCUUUAGCUGUAUAUUUAUCCAAUCCUCAUUUUUUAAGAACUAUGCUUAUUUCUAAAAUGUCCCAGGAACAAUGGAAGAUAUCAAGAGGUCCAGCUGUUUCUUUCAAAUAAAAUUAUUUGACAUUGCAUGGCGUGAACACAUCAACUGCACAUAUACUACAAAUGUGUUGAAAAGAGACCAUUUUAUGAUGUGGUAAAAGAUUAUUUUUUUCCCCCUUAAGGACAUCCUUGCUCCAUUGUCGCUUAUAGACUUGUAUAAUAAAGCUCUGUGUUUUUGCCA